AUAAUUUUUUACAAUGCCCGAUUGCACCUUUAAAAAGUUCGAAUGGCUAUAACGGUGUGAAAACUUUUCUAGUCAAGUAGUCUGCGAAAAUUCUUCUUUAAAUCUCAUCCAGACCAACCACAGCUUCCUCCUUGGGAUACUGUUCUACCAUGACCGAUCUCAUAGCUCCAAAGUUGAGUACAGCUUCUUCUUCUUCUUCUUCUUCUUCUUCCUCAAUCAAAUGAUGAUGAAACCACUGAGAAAACCACUCUCCUGGCCCCUCUUCAAAUCAUCAUCGGUCGCCUCUUCCUUCAUUCCCAAACCCCAAAUUAAACCUUCCCUCCAAACACUUGUUUCACGCUUCCUCGAUCUUGAAUCUUCCUCUCCAGAACUCCCUCAAGUUGCUUCGCUUUCCUCUCCAAAUUUCACACAAGAUGAACCCGCAAUUGCCCACUUGCCCAGUUCAUCAAAUCAUCCAAAACCCAUCGCCAAAAGCAACUUUCAAAAUCCAAUCCCGCCAAAACUCACUCAAACCAAGUUAUUUUCGUCCACAGUAUCCCCAUUUCCCAAACCGCCAGACUCUGCAUCUUCCAGUGCAGUCCCUGUUGUCUCCACUGUAACUCCACCAUUCGAGAGCUCUCCGCCUAUUGAUGCAGGCUCCUCCAUUCGUAAACCGAUUAGCUUGUGGCCCGGAAUGUACCAUUCUCCUGUAACAAAUGCUUUGUGGGAAGCAAGAUCCAAAAUAUGUGAGAGGCCUGUCGAUCUCCCAAUUGAGGACUCUAAUUUGCAAAGCGUAUUGGUGACCAAAACGCCGUCGCAGAGUAGGACUGGUAUUCUUUACAAGUUCUCGUCCGAUUAUAUCCUCAGGGAGCAGUACAGGGACCCCUCUAAUGAGAUCAGAAUUGGGAAAUUGCUUGAAGAUCUCGAUGCUCUUGCUGGGACCAUCUCCUUCAAGCAUUGUGUCAGUGAUGAUAACACAACAAGGCCCCUAUUAUUGGUCACUGCAUCUGUUGACAAGAUGAUUCUCAAGAAACAAAUCCGCAUUGAUGCUGAUUUGGAAAUAGUUGGUGCAGUUACUUGGGUCGGGCGAUCGUCCAUGGAGAUUCAACUAGAAGUGAUUCAAUCACUUCAAGAGAAUUCUAAUCCGUCAUCAGACUCAUUAGCCCUUGUAGCAAAUUUCACAUUUGUGGCUCGUGACUCUAAGACUGGAAAAUCUGCUCCAGUCAACCAGAUUUCACCUGAAACUGAACAUGAAAAAUUGCUCUGGAAAGAGGCAGAAGAAAGGAAUAAGAUGAGGAAAAAGAAGAAAGGAGAACGUAAAAAGGAGAUUGAGAUUGAGGAAGUAGACCGGCUCAAAGAAUUGUUGGCUGAAGGGAGGAUAUUCUGUGACAUGCCAGCCUUGGCAGACAGAGAUAGCAUUCUUAUAAGGGACACCUGCCUCCAGAAUUCUCUCAUCUGCCAGCCACAGCAAAGGAACAUCUACGGUCGGAUUUUUGGAGGAUUCCUGAUGCAUAGGGCAUUUGAAUUGGCAUUCUCCACAGCAUAUGCUUUUGCAGGCAUGACUCCAUGCUUUUGGGAAGUAGAUCAUGUUGACUUUUUAAGACCUGUGGAUGUUGGGGAUUUCCUCCGUUUCAAGUCUUGUGUUCUGUACACACAACUUGAGGAUCUGGCUCAACCUCUGAUCAAUGUGGAAGUUGUGGCUCAUGUUACAAGGCCUGAGCUCAGAGCUAGCCAGGUUUCAAACAAGUUCUACUUCACGUUCACAAUCCGUCCGGAGGCCAUGAAAAAUGGGUUGAAGAUUCGGAAUGCUGUUCCAGCUACAGAAGAGGAAGCACGGCGAGUGCUCGAGCGUAUGGAUGCUGAGAAAGCUCGCAUCUAGUAAAAUGAUGAACAUAUUCAAUUUAAGAAAAUGAUGAACUGAUUGAUGCUGAGCACUCACAUUCAGGAAACACGAACAGAUUUGCACUUGGAUAAGGAAACAAGCAAGAAAGGAAUGACCAGAGAGGAAAAAUAUAUAUGUACAAUUCACAUUAUUAUCAGUUAUUUUUUUACCAUAAAAAAUGAGAAAGAAACCCAAAUUUCAUGAACGCAA